UCCACAUCCAUACAACAAUUUCCGCGCGCCUCAGCCGAGCAAAAGCAAGCCAGCGCUUUAGCAUCUGCCAAAACGGCAUGGCCUAGGAACGCAGAUGUGCCACAGGAACCACCAAGAUUGUGGCGCCUCCAUUUUGGCCAAUCUCGUGGCCUUCACCAACUCGCUAAUCUGGGGUCUUUGGCGUCGGUGAAUCCCUCCAUGCCCAUCAGGUCGUAUUGCAGACCCCCAGUGCGGAAUACGGAUCGCUCGGCAUCGAUGCGGCUCUUGCAAAGUCCCCUGUGCAGCUCUGUUGCGGCAUGGGGGACUUUUGGAUAUGGAAAUCAGUCAAUGCAGCCGAAAUGA